UUUAUCGAUAUCCUUAAAUACGUAUACUCUACAUAAUAAUUUUAAAAAGAUGUCUAUAAAUCUUCAUGACGUUCUUUUAAGAGACUUUUCAUCAAUGUUAAAAGAUUCAAAUGAUCAUGAUGCUAUCAUUAAAGUUGGAGAAGAUUCAAAUAUGAAAGAAUUUUUUGCACACUCAAGUAUCCUUAAAGCUCGUUCAAAUUAUUUUAGAAGAGCAUUAUCUAUCGAAUGGACUACUAAAAAAGAUAAUAUGAUUGAGUUUAAAAAACCAAAUAUUGAUCCUGCUGUUUUCGAAAUAAUUCUCAAUUAUAUUUAUAAAGGUGAAGUAGAAUUAACUAAUCAAUCAGGAGAACUUAUUUUUGAAUUAUUAAUCGCAACUGAUGAAUUACUUCUUGAAGAAUUAUUUUAUAAAUUACAAGGUUAUUUAAUUAAAAAACAAUCAAAUUGGAUUCAAGAUAAUCUUAUUUCCGUUUUAAAUACGGUUUUCACACUUCCUAAUUGUAAUGUGGUCCAGGAUUAUUGUAUGGAGAUCUUAAAGGACUCAAAAUAUUUCAUGAAAUCUGAAGAUUUUCCAUUACUCAAAAAGAAUACUCUAUGUGAAUUACUUAAACGAGAUGAUUUUUUAGGUGAUGAAGUUGUUGUUUGGGAUUGUUUAAUUAAAUGGAGUAUUGAAAAAAUUCCCAGUCUGAGAAGUAAAAAUAAGGAUAAAUCCAAUUGGAAUGAUGAUUUUGAAGCAUUAAAAGAAACAUUUAGUCAAUUUAUUCCUUUUAUUCGAUUCUCUGAAAUUAGUUCUGCAGACUUUUUUGAUAAAGUUCGACCAUUUAAGGCCAUUAUUCCUAACAAUAUUUAUGAAGAAUUUAUAGAAUUUCAUAUGAAAGGUACUUUACCAGUAAAUUCAGCUAUUUCAUCACCACGAAUUGCAAAGUUAGAUAUUGAAUCAAAAAUUAUUAAACCGGUACAUGCUCAUGUAAUAGCUAAUUGGAUUGAAGGAAAAGAUGCAAAGGCUAUUCGCAAUAAUAAUGACUUGCGAUACAAUUUCAAUUUACUUUAUUCUGGAAGAAAUGACGGUUUUGAUGUUAGGAAAUUUCGUAGUAAAUGUAUGAACAAAGGUCCUUGUUUAAUAUUGAUCAAACCAUCAACAAAUAAUUUGACUCAAUCAACAAGUGAGAAUAAUCUUGAUACUUGUAAUACGCGAUCAGUAUUAAAUCCGGAUAUACAAACACCUAAAUUACCUACGCAAAAUUUGGCGAAAAUCUAUGGGGAAUAUUAUUCAGGUAUAUUUACAAAAGACGUAUGGGACUGUACAACUGAAAAUUUUAUAUUUUCUUUUGAAAAUGAUACUGAUAUUAAAAAUAUGAAAAUAUGUCGUAUGAAUUAUAAUAUUAUAUUAGAUAAAUCUUGUGGUGAUUUUGAUCCUACUAAUACUUUUCGUAUGAAAGGUCAAAAUAUAUCUGUUAAUAAUUUGGCCUAUAAUGAUAAUAACGUCAUACAUUCAAAUAUGACGAAAUUUGUUCCAAUGGAAAUUGAGGUUUUUAGGACAACAUGCGAUAUUUAAGCAUCUUGGUAUUAGCGUAAUUGUAUAGAAGGAUGAUUUUUUUUAUAUAAAAAUUUUUUUAUAU